GAGGCCCCGCGGGUCCCGGGGCGCCUGCGCGGACCGCGGCGGGCGCGGGGAGGGGCGCGGGGCGGGGCCGUGCGCCCGCCGCCCGGGCCUGGCCGCGCAGGACCCCUGCCCUGUCCCCGCAGGUGUGUGAGCCGCCGCCGCGCGGGCGCCCGAGCCGCCACUGGAGCGUCAGCAUCGACGAGCGCCGGCGGCUGGCCGUGUUGGGCGCCCGGGAGAGGCCGGACGUCGCCAGGGACGCCUCCCGCUGCACGGACAUCGCGCAGAUGGUGGCAGAGCUGGUGUCCGAGGACGUGGACAGAGACGUGCUGCUCCCCCAGCCGCCGCGCUCCGCGGCGUCCACCAACGCCUUCCAAGCCUUCCUGACCCGGAGCGCGCCCUUCUGGCAGCACGCGACUGUCCAGGCCCGGACCUCGAGGCCGCCCCCUCCUUAAGAGCCCGCUCAGCCCAG